UAUGCAAGAUAAAGUGGAUUGAGAAAACCUAGUUUUCUUCAUAUUUUUGCAAUCAUAGAGGCGCGCAGGCAGUAAUCCGAAACGGUGUCGUGCGAGCAGAGCGAAAAACAAGAAGGUUGCCGAAAGUAUUGAAGUUCCGCUCCCGCUCCUUCUUCUUGGCUUAUAUUGUCUGCAUCCAUCAUGAAGCUCGUUAGGUUUUUGAUGAAGUUGACCAACGAAACUGUGUCAAUCGAGCUCAAGAAUGGUACCAUUGUUCAUGGCACUAUUACAGGUGUUGAUAUCAGUAUGAAUACACAUUUGAAAACAGUUAAAUUGACUCUGAAAGGGAAAAACCCAGUGACUCUGGAUCAUCUUAGUGUGAGAGGCAGCAACAUUCGAUAUUAUAUUCUUCCUGACAGCUUGAAUCUUGAGACUUUGCUGGUUGAAGAGACUCCUAGGAUCAAGCCUAAGAAACCAACUGCUGGAAAACCUAUGGGAAGAGGGCGUGGUCGAGGACGUGGACGUGGUCGGGGGCGUGGUCGUGAACAUUAACGUGAACACUAGUUUCACAUUAAUAAAUUUUGUGCCAUCGGGUUGUAUUGUAAGGAGAAUUUCUGAGCGGUUGUGGAUAUCAAAGGAGUGUUCAUGUUGAUUUUUCCAUGUUGCCAUUCUAUAACAUACUAGUAGGUGCUUACAUGUUUUGUAAAAUUCCUUUAUAGUAUUCUACAAUUGAGUAAGGCAGGGUUUGCGAUCACACUUUGUUGGGUGGUCCCAAAAGAUGCCUUAUGCCUCUUGGCUGAAAAACUGCAGAUAGUUGUAGCUUUCGGUACAAGAUGAAGUUAAUGGAAUUACUGAUGCAAUGUUGUGGACUUGUGGUUUGGUAGGUCGGGGUUCUGUUUGUUGAUUUAACACUCUUUAUUACCCAAGAUAGUUGGACUGACUCUUGUGCUUUAGCACCCCGGUUUCUUUGAGAUUUGAACUCAUCCUUGUUGAAGCUUUUGCUACAAGGUGAAAAAGUUAAUUGGAAUUGCUUAAGCAAUAGUGGUAUGGAAGGUGGUGUUUCUGUAU